AUGAAGCUGAAACACACCAUCAACCCCAUUCUUUUAUAUUUCAUACAGUUCAUAAUAUCACUUUAUACUGUUUUAACAUACAUUCCAUAUUAUUUUUUGUCUGAGUCAAGACAAGAAAAAUCAAACCGAACUAAAGCAAAGCCUGUAAAUUCAACACCCGACUCUGCAUACAGAUCUGUUAACAGCUUGGAUGGUUUGGCCUCCGUAUUAUACCCUGGAUGUGAUACACUCGAUAAAGUUUUUAUGCAUGCAAAAAACAAAUUCAAGGACAAAAGACUCUUGGGGACACGUGAAAUCUUAAAUGAGGAAGAUGAAGUGCAACCGAAUGGAAAAGUUUUUAAAAAGGUUAUUCUUGGAAGCUAUAAUUGGCUCUCCUACGAAGAUGUCUUUGUGAGAGCCUUUAAUUUUGGAAACGGCUUACAGAUGCUGGGUCAGAAGCCCAAGACCAACAUCGCCAUCUUCUGUGAAACCAGAGCUGAGUGGAUGGUCGCUGCACAGGCCUGCUUCAUGUAUAAUUUUCAGCUUGUUACGCUGUAUGCUACUCUAGGGGGUCCAGCAAUUGUUCAUGGAUUAAAUGAAACAGAGGUGACCAACAUCAUUACUAGUAAAGAACUCUUGCAGACAAAGUUGAAGGACAUCGUUUCUCUGGUCCCUCGCCUGCGGCACAUCAUCACUGUGGAUGGAAAGCCGACGACCUGGUCUGAGUUCCCCAAGGGCGUCAUCGUGCAUACUAUGGCCGCUGUGCAGGCUCUGGGAGCCAAGGCCAGCGUGGAAAACAAACCCCUUAGCAAACCAGCGCCCUCAGAUAUCGCAGUAAUCAUGUACACAAGUGGAUCCACAGGAAUUCCAAAGGGGGUCAUGAUCUCUCAUAGUAACAUUAUUGCUGGUAUAACUGGGAUGGCGGAAAGGAUUCCAGAACUCGGGGAGAAGGAUGUUUAUAUUGGAUAUUUGCCUCUGGCCCACGUCUUAGAAUUGAGUGCUGAGCUUGUCUGUCUCUCCCACGGAUGCCGCAUCGGCUACUCUUCACCACAGACUUUAGCAGAUCAGUCUUCAAAAAUAAAAAAAGGAAGCAAAGGAGAUACAUCCAUGUUGAAACCAACACUGAUGGCAGCUGUCCCGGAAAUCAUGGAUCGAAUCUACAAAAAUGUCAUGAAUAAAGUGAAUGAAAUGAGCAGUUUUCAACGCAAUCUGUUUAUUCUGGCCUAUAAUUACAAAAUGGAACAGAUUUCAAAAGGGCACAGUACUCCGCUGUGUGAUAGCUUUAUUUUCCGGAAAGUUCGAGGCUUGCUAGGUGGAAAUAUUCGACUUCUGUUGUGUGGAGGUGCUCCACUUUCUGCAACCACACAGCGAUUCAUGAACAUCUGUUUUUGCUGUCCUGUUGGUCAGGGGUAUGGACUCACUGAAUCUUGUGGGGCUGGAACAAUUACAGAAGUGUGGGACUACAAUACUGGCAGAGUGGGAGCACCAUUAGUUUGCUGUGAAAUCAAAUUAAAGAACUGGGAGGAAGGUGGAUACUUUAAUACCGAUAAACCACAUCCCAGGGGUGAGAUUCUUAUUGGUGGCCAAAAUGUGACAAUGGGGUACUACAAAAAUGAAGCGAAAACAAAAGCUGAUUUUUUUGAAGAUGAAAACGGACAGAGGUGGCUCUGUACUGGAGACAUUGGGGAGUUUGACCCUGAUGGUUGUUUGAAGAUCAUUGAUCGUAAGAAGGACCUUGUAAAACUACAGGCAGGAGAAUAUGUUUCUCUUGGGAAGGUGGAGGCUGCUUUGAAGAAUCUCCCACUAAUAGACAACAUUUGUGCGUAUGCAAACAGUUAUCAUUCUUAUGUCAUUGGAUUUGUUGUGCCAAAUCAAAAGGAACUGACUGAACUAGCACGAAAGAAAGGACUUACUGGGACUUGGGAGGAGUUGUGUAACAGUAGUGAAAUGGAAAAUGAGGUACUUAAAGUGCUUUCUGAAGCUGCUAUUUCAGCAAGUCUGGAAAAGUUUGAAAUUCCAGUAAAAAUUCGUUUGAGCCCUGAACCGUGGACCCCUGAAACUGGUCUGGUGACAGAUGCCUUCAAGCUGAAACGCAAAGAGCUUAAAACACAUUACCAGGCGGACAUUGAGCGAAUGUAUGGAAGAAAAUAG